AUGUGCACGCAGUCCUGUCGCGGCAACGCUGCUGCUGCUGUCAUUCUGGCGAUGGUCCUCUGCCGGAUUUGCUCUGCCGAGGAGCAACCGGGGUCCUCGAGUAUACCCGGACUUCUGGAAUCUUGCAACGUCACUGCCGACGGUCGGGAAUACUCUUGUCGCGGGGCUGGCUUCUUCUCCAUCCUGCAGCCUCUCGACGUCACUGUACUUCCAUCCACUGUCAACCUUACCAAACUAGACCUAACGAGCAACAACAUAACAGACAUUCCAGUCCAUGCCUUCCAUCGAAUUUCCAAUCUUGAAGUGUUAUUACUUCGACGAAAUCGUUUGCACACUAUCGCCGACGAUGCAUUUACAAACUUAACGAGCCUUCGAGUAUUGGAGCUCGAUGACAAUUAUUUAACAAUAAUUCCGACCGCGAUCGUAAAGCUCACUGGCCUUGAAGACCUGUCUCUGUCGAACAACCGGAUCGAGACGUUAGAAGAGCACGUUUUUCAACGCGUCACUAAUCUGCUGUCGCUCGAUUUACGCGGGAAUCCCAUCAAGGAGAUACACGGGAACACUUUUCAGAAUUUACGGAAGCUCCGUAAGCUAAUUCUCUCCAAUUUGAAGGAAUUACGAAUAUUUCCGAAUUUAAAUGGUACUCGAGCGUUGGAAGUAUUGAGGUUAGAUCGCGCGCAAGUGACGGACGUCCCUUCAAAUUUAUGCGAGCAGUGUCCAAAAUUGAAAAGUCUUGACCUAAAAUCGAACUUCUUAACGGAGAUACCGAAUUUACAAAAUUGCAGCGAACUACGUGUUUUGGAUUUGGCGAGUAACAUGAUUUCGUCGUUGCUAGACGAGCCGUUCAAGGGUCUGAACAUGCUGCAUGACCUGCUUCUAUCAAACAACAAGUUGCAAGUGAUCCCAAGCGACGCAUUCACCGGCUUGUCGAGGCUGCAGGUGUUGGACUUAGAGAGCAAUUACAUCGAGUACAUUCACCCUGACGCGUUCAAGGAAACGAAACAUUUAGAGGACCUAAACCUUGGGAACAACGUAUUUCCAGCACUGCCAACUUUAGGAUUAUCAGGUCUACUGCAUCUCAAAACAUUCAAUAAUCCAGCACUGAGAGAGUUUCCAGCCCCAGAAAGGUUUCCACGCGUACAAACGAUGGUGCUGUCAUAUGCUUAUCAUUGUUGUUCUUUUUUGGCGAUUGAGGUGGAGAAUCCGGUGACAAAAUCCUCCGUUCAAGAGUCUAUCCUAUUCCCCACCGACAACGAGUUCGAUAUGAGCCUGUGGAACUCGAGCUACACCGAUAUCUGGCCACAGCUUAAUAACAUGACCGACAAAUUUGGCUCGCAAAUAAAUGAACUUUGGGCUAACUUUGGUUCAGAUUUUACGUACCCUGGUAACCUGCCCUCAUAUGUUGAGGAUUAUUUUGAAGAGCAGAACAGCCGAGCUACGCUGCCAGCUCAGACACUGCCAUCUCGCGUACAGUGCCUACCUCAGCCCGGUCCUUUUCUACCGUGCCAAGAUCUCUUCGACUGGUGGACCCUACGUUGUGGCGUGUGGGUAGUAUUCCUGCUCGCCAUGCUUGGAAACGGGACCGUAGUAUUCGUAUUAAUAUUCUCCAGGAGCAAAAUGGACGUGCCUAGGUUUCUUGUUUGUAACCUUGCCGCGGCAGACUUCUUUAUGGGCAUUUAUUUAGGUCUAUUAGCAGUUGUGGACGCCUCAACCUUAGGAGAAUUCCGUAUGUAUGCCAUUCCUUGGCAAACUUCAGCCGGAUGUCAACUGGCCGGCUUUCUAGGAGUCCUCAGUUCCGAGUUGAGCGUGUACACGUUGGCGGUGAUCACUUUAGAGAGAAACUAUGCUAUAACACACGCCAUGCACUUAAACAAAAGACUUUCCCUGAAACAUGCAGGUUACAUAAUGACCGUAGGCUGGUGCUUCGCCCUGUCUAUGGCUAGUUUGCCUCUACUUGGUGUAUCAGACUAUAGAAAAUUCGCGAUAUGUUUACCAUUCGAAACCAACGGGAACGCGGCACUGGCCUAUGUGAUCUUUCUGAUGUUGAUAAACGGCGUCGCGUUCCUGAUACUGAUGGGAUGCUAUUUAAAGAUGUACUGCGCUAUCAGAGGCUCUCAGGCAUGGAACUCGAACGACUCGCGAAUCGCCAAGCGUAUGGCGUUGCUGGUGUUCACGGACUUCCUCUGCUGGUCUCCCAUAGCAUUCUUCUCCUUGACCGCCACGUUCGGGUUGCAGUUGGUGUCACUAGAACAGGCGAAAGUGUUCGCUGUGUUCGUACUGCCAUUAAACUCCUGCUGCAACCCGUUCCUCUACGCCAUCCUGACCAAACAGUUCAAGAAGGACUGUGUAUUGAUCUGCAAGGCGAUCGAGGAGUCCAGAGUGACCAGGGGGAUCGGUAGAUGCAGGCACAGCUCGAACUUCAGCAACAGACAGACACCUGUGAACACGAACAGCCUUGUAGACAGGUCGUCACGCGACAAUCAGACGCCCUGCGGCUGUAACUCGAGGCUGUUAGAGACCAGAGAGUGCUCUGGCUACCGACGAUGGGGCACCAGGAUACUUUGGCCUUGUGCAAGGGAUACCAGGCCUAGACACGCUCGUAGCGACCAGUAUGCUUAUCAGAUAGCGGAGAUACAGCAAAAGCAGCAUAAACGAGCCUCGUCUGUUUCAUCCAGUGAGAAUUUCUCUUCAUCAAGGUCGGAUUCUUGGAGACAAACUCAUCACUGUGGUAUUCCACUGAGGUUACUGGAUCCUAAGAGAAGAGCUUCCUCAUGGCUUAUCACCAGAAAACCGUCGCAAGACUCGAAUCUCAGUUCAUCUAGGAACGAUUCCUCAGGUUCUGCUACCACUGCCAGUACUAGUACUUGGAGAAUAUCGAGGUCAAGUGCGUCUCUAGAAGUAACGACGAGAAACACGCCCAGACCAGCCAGGUCGAAGCCAAGACUGACUCGUCAACUGGCUAUCCAGGAACCAGAACCACCUGGAUCACCCAGUAGAUUAGCUGUCAGGCUUCUCGCGACCAUACCGUCGGCAGCAGAGACUAGCGACCAGCAAGAUGACGAUAAUACGCCGCAGAAUUAG